AUGUCUUUCUCUUCACAGACCGCACAGUGGCAGGCGUCGAUUGUGCUCGACAGCAGCAGAUCCACACCAGCGACAUCGGCGCCUUCAAUCAAAUCUCCCACUUCAGCGCCAAAGUCGGCAGACAAGGAGCGGAGACCCAAGCUUCGAGCGUCCUGCGAUGCCUGUGCUGCCUCGAAAGUCAAGUGCAACAAGGAACACCCCAUCUGCGCUCGAUGCUCGGCCAACGGCUCGCAAUGCAUCUACGGGGUGUCGAGGAAGCACGGCAAGCCUGGACGGACGAGGAAGAGGAACCCAGAUGGCACACCGUUCAUCAAGGCCUCGAAGCAGCGCCCUUCGCCAGAUGGCAGCGAGUUUGGCAAGUUCAGGGUGCAGCCUGAGCCCGUCCCCCAGCCUCUUCCAGACCUGUCCGAGACGGCAUCGAGCUGGUCCUCAACCUGGUCGUCUACACCUAGUCUGCCUGGCACGCCAGAGCUAGACUUUGAUUUCGAGAUGACUCCAGAGCCGUUCUACAUGGACGCAGACCUCACCUUCAUGGACGAUAUCCUGCUGCCCACGACCCAGCUCGAGCCGGAACCCAUGCAGUCGAUCGAGCCGGAGCUUACCUUCCGCGAUCCGUUUGCAAAGCGACAGUCGGUGCAGCUCGAUCUGCCAGACAUUGAGGCUCUGAGGGACUUUGUUGGUGGUGACAAUAUCGACCCCACGAGCUAUACGUUUCAGGGUGCGAAUCUCGACCCAUAUCUCUUCAACACGGCUCCCAUGUCAACACCGCAGAGCCCAAAGACGAUCAUGAACAACAACUACAGCUCUAUGCGCCGCGUUAGCGUCUCGAUGCCAACUUCGCACUGCUGCUACACGCUUGCGUACUCGACGCUCGAGAGUCUGCGGAUUAUUGGCACUGACGCCUCCUCCCAAGCAUUCCCGAGCAUGGAGUGCAAGAGCCUCGACAAUGUUCUUUCCAUCACGAGACUCGCAGUCUCUUCCGUCAUGACCCUACUCAGCUGCCCAUGCUCAUCGGACCCUCACCUCGCCAUGCUGUACUCGAGCAUCACGUCCAAGCUCCUCACCUGGUACCAGAUCGCAGCCGGCGUCAACGUGACGGCGUCUUCGCUCGGCAGCGGCCCAAUUUCUCCCACUUCCUCCAACUUCUCGUCUCCCUUGUCCACGCCCGCGUCUGAGACCGAGAUGGGUUUCAACAUUGCGCUGCAGCCGCUGCAGUUUGGCGUGUAUCAGUUCGACGAGGCGGAACAGCGGAGGCUCAGGCGGCAGGUGGUGCUGCGGGAGCUGAAGAACUGCGGACAGCUGGUCGAGGCGCUGGCGAACUGGAGGGGCGAUGGAGGCAGCGAGCAGGGCGAGUUUUUGUAUGAUGUUCUGGGCGCGUGGUUGAAGAGUGAGCUAUUCAAGACGGUGCAGGAAAUUGAGGGCGCGCAGGCUGUGUGA